CGGGCCAAUCAGGGCGGGAGGCGAUGCAUAUAAAGCAGGAGCGCAGGACGAGCGGGGUACCUGCCGGGAGGAUCGGGCCCCACCUCACCGCUACUCUCCCAGGUUCCUAGAUGCCAGCAGCCAUGAAUGCUGCCAUGUCCUUGGUGGGAAGCCAAGGUGCUGUCUCGGCCACCGAGCUCCUCCUGGCAGCUGCCGCCUUCUGCCUGGUGUUCCUCCUCAUCCAGUGGCUCCAGCAGCAGGUGCCCCAGGGGCUGAAGAGCCCCCCGGGACCCAGAGGCUUCCCCAUCCUCGGCAACGUGCUGGAGCUGAGGAAGGAGGCACACCUGGUCCUGACCAGGCUGAGCCACAAGUACGGGGACGUGAUGCGGGUUCAGAUCGGCACCCGUCCCGUCCUGGUGCUGAGCGGGCUGGACACCAUCAAGCGAGCCCUGGUGAAGCAAGGAGAAGACUUCAUGGGCCGCCCUGACCUCUACAGCUUCCAGUACAUUUCAAACGGGCAGAGCCUGGCCUUCAGCCCCGACUCCGGGGAGGUGUGGAGAGCGCGCAGGAAGCUGGCCCAGAACGCCCUGAAGACCUUCUCCAUCGCCCCCAGCCCCACCUCCUCCUCCACCUGCCUCCUGGAGGAGCACGUCUCCAAGGAGGCCGACUACCUGGUCGCCCAGCUCCUGCAGCUGAUGGAGAAGGAGAAGAGCUUUGAGCUGAGUCGCUACCUGGUGGUCUCUGUGGCCAACGUCAUCUCUGCCAUCUGCUUUGGCAAGCGCUACCAGCACAGUGACCAAGAGCUGCUCAAUAUCGUCAACCUCAACAACGUUGGGGACGCGGCGGCUUCUGGCAACCCUGCUGACUUCAUCCCCCUGCUCCGGUACCUUCCCAACCGCACCAUGCAUCUCUUUAAGGACCUCAACAGGCGUUUCAGCUUCUUUGUGCAAAAAAUUGUCCAGGAGCAUUACACCAGCUUUGACAAGGAGCACAUCCGGGACAUCACAGACUCCCUGAUCAAUCACUGCCAGGAGAAGAGUGCAGGGGAAGCUGCCCAGGUCUCCCUUCCCAAUGAGAAGAUCAUCAACAUCGUCAAUGACCUCUUUGGAGCUGGCUUUGACACUGUGUCAACUGCCUUAUCCUGGGGCCUCAUGUACGCUGCCUUGUACCCUGACAUCCAGAAGAAGAUCCAGGAGGAACUAGACCGGACCAUUGGCCAGGAGAGGAGACCAAGGCUGUCAGACCGGGGCUCACUGCCCUACUUGGAAGCUUUUAUCCUGGAGAUGUUCAGGCACUCCUCCUUCUUGCCCUUCACCAUCCCACACAGUACAACCAAAGACACGGUGUUGAACGGCUACUACAUCCCCAAGGGCACCUGUGUGUUUGUCAACCAGUGGCAAGUGAACCACGAUGAGAAGCUUUGGAAGGACCCUUCAGUCUUCAACCCCGAGAGGUUCCUCAACGCUGCGAGGACUGAAAUAAGCAAGGCAGAGAGUGAGAAAGUGCUGGUUUUUGGCUUGGGGAAGAGGAGAUGUGUCGGGGAGACCAUCGGCCGGUGGGAGGUUUUCCUCUUCCUGGCCAUAGUGCUGCAGCAGCUGGAAUUCAGCCUCCACCCUGGGAAGGAGGUGGACAUCACCCCUCAGUACGGACUGACAAUGAAAUACAAGAAAUGUGAGUGCUUCCAGGUUAAGAAGCGUUUCCCCACGAAGAGCUCUCUGUGAGCUGCUGGAGGAAGCCUUGCCCUGCAGAAGAUGCUCAGCCUGCUUUUGCUAACGCUCUCGAGGAGCCAGCACAGCCCCUCGUUGUCUCCCUUCACUGGAGGCUUGUUCAUCCCCUCUCAAUGCCAGUGGGGAGGGAUACAGCUGGCGCUGUGGGGCUCCUGCCCAUCCCUGGAGUCACCUCCCUUCCCUACAGAAACGCUCACCAGAGGUCCAACCC